AUGGGAAAGGCAAAGACGGUCGAAGAGAGAUACCAGAAGAAGACACAACUGGAACACAUUUUGCUCCGACCCGAUACAUAUAUCGGAAGCACAGAGCUAAAUAAUCAGCAGAUGUGGUUGUACGACGAGGAAAAAAACAGAAUGGUAUACGAAACGAUAGACUAUGUACCAGGCCUGUACAAAAUCUUCGAUGAACUCUUGGUAAAUGCAGCAGAUGUGUACGCACGCCAACUAAGCGACCCGACGCUAGAAAAAAUGACCUGCAUUAAGGUAACAAUUGACCGCGGAACAGGAGCAAUAGUAGUAUAUAACGACGGUGAACCAAUACCAAUACAAAUCCACUCUGAGCAUAAAAUGUACGUGCCGCAGCUUAUUUUUGGAGAGCUUUUAACGAGUGAUAACUACGACGACUCGGAGGAACGUGUGACUGGAGGAAGGAACGGGUUCGGAGCUAAACUCGCAAAUAUAUUUUCAAAGACGUUUACAGUAGUUGUAGGAAACAAGAAAACCCAUAAGAAGUUUAAAAUGACUUGGUGUAAUAAUAUGACCAAGACAAAAUCUCCAGCACAUAUCGAGUCAUACACAGGCCCAGAUUUCGUUAAAAUAACAUUCAUACCCGACUACUCACGAUUCAACUUAGAGGAACUGGAUGAAGGAACUUAUAGAGUUUUGAAGAAAAGAGUAUACGAUAUGGCAGGUACACUUGGAGUCAAGGUAUAUUUAAAUAAUGAAAGGAUAAAGGUAAAGGAUUUUAAAGACUAUGUAAACCUUUACCUACCAGAGGAUGCAACAGAAAUUGUAAAAAUUUACGAGAAGAUGUACCGUUGGGAAGUAGUAAUCAGUUCAUCGGAAGAUGGAUUUAGACAGGUCUCUUUCGUGAAUAGCAUAAACACAUUAAAGGGAGGAACACAUGUUUCACACGUAGUUGACCCCCUAGUACAAUCGUUAACCAAAAAAGUUAACUCGAAAAAUAAAGGAGGAAUAGAGUUAAAGCCUAACCAGAUUAGGAACCACAUCUUUGUAUUUAUUAACUGUCAAAUAGUAAACCCAUCAUUCGAUUCACAAACGAAGGAAACUUUGACUACGAAGAUAGUAAAGUUCGGUAGCAAGUAUACAAUGUCAGAUAAGACACUUAACCAAGUUCUCAAGAGCAAGAUCUUUGAUAACAUCAUCAGCUGGUUGCACGAAAAGACAAACAUUGAGUUGAAGAAGAAAAUGAAGGUGGCCAAAGGUAACGAUAAGUUGUUUGGAAUCCCAAAACUUGAAGAUGCAAAUAAAGCUGGAACGAGAUACGCAACAGAAUGUACACUAAUAUUAACAGAAGGAGAUUCGGCAAAAACAUCAUGUCUGGCAGGGUUGUCGGUUGUGGGUAGGGACAAAUAUGGUGUAUUCCCCUUAAAGGGUAAGCUGUUAAAUGUUCGUGAAGCUUCUUACAAACAGCUCACCCAAAACAUUGAAGUACAAAAUAUACUUAAGAUUAUGGGUCUUGACAUUACAAACAAACUGAGACAGGAUUCAUCAGGCUUGCGCUACGGAAGCAUUAUGAUAAUGACAGAUCAAGAUUAUGAUGGAUCACACAUUAAAGGACUCCUGAUAAACAUGUUCCAUAACUUUUGGCCCAAACUGAUACAGUUCAACGGAUUCAUAAAGGAGUUCAUUACACCAAUUAUUAAAGUAACAAACAAGUCUAAUAACCAAGUCCACUCAUUCUUCACAAUUGAGGAUUUCAAUAACUGGAAACAAACAGUUGACAUUUCAAACUAUAGAGUUAAAUACUACAAAGGUCUGGGUACAAGUAGUGAUAAUGAGUUUAAGGAGUAUUUUGGAAAUUUGAACAGGCAUAUAGUGGAGUUCAAAUACGUUGAUACCGUAGAUGACGACUCAAUUGAUCUAGCCUUUAGUAAAAAGAGGAUCGAUGAUAGGAAGAAGUGGAUCCAAAAUUAUGUGCUGGGUACUACAGUAGAUCACUCAAUAAAGAAACUACGUUAUUCAGAUUUCAUUAAUAAAGAACUUAUACAGUUUAGCAUAUACGACACUGAACGUAGCAUACCGUCGGUGAUUGACGGGUUUAAGCCAGGUCAGCGUAAAGUACUGUUUGGCUGUUUUAAGCGUAACUUGAAGAACGAGUGCAAAGUUGCACAACUUACAGGGUACAUUGCAGAACAUUCUGCUUACCACCAUGGUGAAAACUCGUUACAACAGACAAUCAUAAACAUGGCACAAGACUAUGUAGGCUCAAACAACAUAAACCUACUCCUUCCAUGCGGACAGUUUGGUAGUAGGAAAGAGGGUGGUAAAGACGCAGCAGCAGCUCGUUACAUAUUCACAAAACUCUCACCUCUAACACGUUACAUAUUCCUACAGGAAGAUGACCCGAUACUUGACUACCAAAAUGACGACGGCCAAAUAAUAGAACCAUACUACUAUUUGCCCAUAAUACCAAUGGUGUUGGUCAACGGAGCCGAGGGUAUCGGAACCGGUUUUAGCACCUUCAUCCCCAGCUAUAAUCCAAUUGACAUAAUCGACAACAUAGUAAACUUCCUAGACAACAAGGACAUGAAUGACAUGAUCCCUUGGUACAGAAAUUUUAAAGGAACAGUGACUAGGAACAGUAAACUGGGAUAUGACAUUAUCGGUAACUAUGAAUUGAACCAUAGCAUAAACCAACUUGUGAUCACCGAAUUGCCAAUUAACCGCUGGACAAAUGACUACCGUGAAUACCUAAACUCAAUAAUGGCUACAAAUAAGGAAGAUGAAGGGUAUAUUACGGAUUACGGAGAUUUCAGUAGCAACGAGUUCAUCAAAAUUAAAAUCAAGCUUAACGACUCGGGGCCAGAUAUCACCGACGAUAUUGAAAAGGUGUUCAAGCUUAAAACCACAAUUUCAACGAGCAAUAUGAUUCUUUUCGACUGUAACAAGAGAAUUAAAAAGUACAACGGUGCAAUUGAUAUUUUGAAGGAUUUUAUUACCACCAGAGUUAAGUACUAUACUAAGAGGAGAGAGUACAUGAUAAAACAACUCCAACUCCAACUACAGCAGUUAUCUAACCAGAUUAGAUUUAUAAACAUGAUCAUAAACAACGAACUUGUGAUCUUUAGAAAAUCAAAGAAACAGAUUGUAAGUGAGCUCAAAAGACUUAAUUUUAACACCUACAAACCAGAAGAGGAAGAGGAUGAGGAAGACAACGAUAUUGAAGGGUUCAAUUACCUCCUUAAAAUGUCACUCCUAAGCUUAACACUGGAUCAUAUCAAUAAGCUUAACAACGAAUACAAUUCUAAGCAGGUCCAACUCAAGGAACUUAUAAACACAACUCCAAUCCAGCUAUACAAGAAAGACUUAGUUGUUCUGAAGGAACAACUUGUUCAGACAAAACAGUACAAGCCUUACGACAAAAGGGUUAAACUACAACCAGAACCCAUUGUUUCAGAAAAGGUCCCAGAAACCAGACGUGUUCCAUCCCUAAAUGGCACUACUCCCUCGACUAACGGCCUUACUCAUUCAACUAAUGGAAUCGCAGUCAAUAAUUCUAUUCCUCAUGUGGAUAUAUUUGAUCUUACUGAACUUGAAGAAGUGGAUAUGGAAAAAGGUGAUGAAGUUUAUGGAUCAUCACAGUAUGAGGACAAUUUCCAGUUAUCUCAGUUGGAGCUUUCUCAAGUCAACCCAGAAGAGUUUACACAAUCUAAUACCGAAGAUUCAUCUCAAUAUAUCCCUGAAUUCUCAUCGCAAACUAGUGAAAAGGAACCUAACCCCCUUGAAAAGUAUAGCACAUCUCUCCUUGAUAGGCUGAACAAAAAGUACAAUAGCAAUGUGUUGACCAGCAUAAUUAAUACGGAUGAAGAAGCCAAAACACCCCCUAGCAAACCUAUACCAAAACAAGUAGAAAAGACCCCUGCAAAGUCUUCAACCAGUAAUUCCGGAAAAAAAUCAACAAGUAUUAAAAGGAAAAUUAGUAGCAAGCUGAUUUUAAGCUCAGAUGAGGAUUCCACACCACCAAAACCUGCUAGGAGAACUAAAAAACCAAAGAAAAUAAUAGAAGAUGAGGAUGAAAGUGAAUCAGAGUUCGAACUCGAAGAUGAUGACGAAAGUGAAUUCGAAUUGGACGAUGAUUAA